UUGUCCUGUUUGUUUAUUGUUUGUAGAGGAUCUGCUGGAAAAAUUCCAGGCAGUGCAGUUGGGCUCCAAUCCUGGCCGGAAGGGCAAAUCCAAUGUCAGUCAACUUGUGACCCAUGUCAGGCUCUUCCUCUCUUAUAUGUGGGGGAGAGAAGGCAUACCCUCACUGAGUCUGAGCUUCCUGAAGGACACAGAGAAAGUUAUAUUGUACGUUUUCUUGACGUCAAGAAAUUUAUAUCAUUCCUCCGGGAGGAGAAUUUCAAACAAGUUCGUCUUUCACUGACCCAAAUGCUCUCCCUUGAGAGCACCCUUAAGAGGGAGAUCUCUGUCGUGGGCAAAGAGAUUGUCACCCACCGUCAGGAAGUGCAUUCUGAAAAGAGCAAAAAGCUUCUGACAGUGGACCAGCUCUCCAUGUUCAAGGAGUCUGCUGCCAAAGAAAUCCCUAAGAGUCUCAACAAACUAAAGAAAGACCCAUUGAGGGACACCUACUUAAGGCAAUGUGUGGGUCUGCUGGCGGGCUACCUCUUCACCUUAAGUGGCCACCGAAAAGGUGUCCUUGUGUCCCUUCUUGAAAAGGAGGUCCUUAAAUGUGAGAGGAGUGGUGACGACUACGUCAUAUAUGCCAAAUCUCACAACACUGCGGCCACAUAUGGUAGGGCCAAGCUUGCCCUUACCAAAGCCGAGUACACCUGGCUAACAGACUUCGCAAAGCUGCGGCCCUUACUGCCAGGCUACAGCCCUGAGGUUCCCACAUUUUUUUUUAACUCUGCUGGUGGGGAGGUGGAGAAAAUGGGGGACAUGGUGACAGACAUCUGGCACAAGGCUGGUGUGCCGGAUGUCACCAUCACUCUGGUCAGAUCAAGUCUGUCAACUCUGGCCCAGAGAUGUCUGGAACCUUCUCAAAGGAGCAAAGUCACCCGUUCCAUGUGCCACAGCACCUCGACCUCCGACAAAUUUUACGUUGGAGAGGAGAGCGUGUCUGAGGCACAUGCGACCCGAAGUAUCUUAGACAAGGUAGUUUCUCCUCCCUCUCCCUUGCCUGCAGCUAAGCCCAAGGCAAAAAGAAAGUCAAAAAGGAUGCGUAUAGCAUCCGGCAGUGACUCUGAUGAGCCUGCGCCUCCACCUGCCACCACACCUCAUCCUGCACCUCAGCCUGGACCUUCAUCUGCCACCGUACCUGUGGAGAAACUCCCAGAUGUGGAAAGCAGGACAUCAAUCUGAACAGAUGACCUAAAAAAUGGCAUCAGAAAAGCAUUUGCCAAUGCCUGGCAGGAGGUGAUCACCAAGGACAUGAUUGCUGACAUUCUGAGCCAGGAUGAGGAGCUUUUGAAGAAGUGUGCACUCCUUAAUAUGAAAAUGAAAACCGUCUCCAAGUUGAUUGCAGACCUCCAGACUGAAGACUCCAGGGAGACUGAAGACAUUUGAUGUUUUAUAUUUGUUAUUUGUAGUGUUAUAAAAAUGAACAAAUUGUUCAUUAUUUGAAAAAGCAAUAUAUUUUGAUAAUGUUAAGUUAUUUGUUGCUUGUUUUAAAGGGUGUUUUUUUUAAUAAUAUUUUUGAUAAU